GCAGCCUCAGCAAUCCGAGUCCUCGCCAUCAUCGCAAGUAAAGAGCCUUAGUGUCCAACAACUUUCAGGCUCUGCUACCAGACCGCCGUCCUUCUCGGCGGCACAUUUUGCCGUUCUCGCCAGAUAUGGACGCCAACGGGUUAAAACGCAAGGACACAACAAAGGGUCCACCGCUACGCAUCUUGUCUCUCGAUGGGGGAGGCGUGCGUGGCUAUUCCAUGUUUCUGAUCCUCCAGGACCUCAUGUACCGGACCUUUGUCGAAAUCGAAGGCCGAGCGCCGCGACGCCACGAGAUCCCCAAACCAUGCGAUCACUUCGACCUGAUAGUCGGCACCGGCACCGGCGGGCUCAUCGCCUUGAUGCUUGGCCGGCUGCGCCUCGACAUUGAGACGUGCAAGGAACUCUAUGUCCGGCUGACCCGCAUGGUCUUCGAGACGGACAAGACCAUCGCCGGCAUCCCGUAUCGCUCCACCUUGUUCAAGGCGACGAAGCUGGAAGAGGCGAUCAAGGAAUGCGUCAGAGAGCAUACGGUCUACGAGAAGGAAGGCAAUGACGGCUCCGACGCGCCAAGCGUCAGUCCGCUGAGCCCGGUUUCGCGCUCCAGCGCCGCAUCCCCGAGGAGGCAUUCCAGCAACGCCAGUGUUGUGAGCUUCAGCGCGCGGAGCCCCACUGCCCAGGCUGCCAGGCCUGUCUUCUCCCGUGGGGGGAACCCAAACGCCCGUCUGUACGAUGAGCGGGAAGACCGAACCAAGACCGCUGUUACGGCGAUUUACAAGGGCACUCCGAAGGGAGGCCCGCCCGCCUUGCUGCGCUCCUAUGACUCCCGACGGGAGCCGGCGCCCGAGUUUGACUGCACCAUCUGGCAGGCUGGGAGGGCGACUUGCGCCAUCGGGCUCGCGUUCAAGCCGAUCCAGAUCGGCCAGUCCGUGUUUCACGACGAUGGCGCGGGGAAUUUCAACCCGUCCGUGACGGCGCUGGACGAGGCGGUGGUGAACGAGUGGCCCGGUCGCGAGGUCGGCGUCUUCGUCAGCGUGGGGACCGGCAAGCGACCGAAAGGUAGCGACGCGAAUUCGGCGCUGUGGUACGAGGGCUUCCUGGGCGAGUUCGCCGAGGCGAGGAGGAAGUUGAUUGCGAAGAUCGAGGGUUGCGAAAAGAUCCACGAGCAGAUGAAGCGUGAGCAUCUGCCCAAGCGCGGCGUCAACAUCGAGAACUACUACAGGCUGAACGUCGAGGUUGGCGUGGGCGAGUUCGGCAUGAACGAGUGGAACCGCCUGGCCGAUAUCAGCACAAACACGAAGAGAUACCUCGCCAGGGAGGAGGAGCGGCAGAUGGUCCAGAGCGCGUCGGCCAAGCUCGCCAAGAUCCACUUUGCGAAGCAGCGGUGGGAGCGCCUCAGCGUGUCAGGUACAGGGGCGGUACAGCCUGUCCCCGAUAUCGUAAUGCCUCUGGCGGUCGAGCUCCCGGGAGACAUGCCCACGUCUCCUCCUCAAUCCAACCCUUCGCCAAGCCGGCAGUCUUACGACUCGGGAAGCGACGUGCUGCCCGUGCGCGCCUCAACGCCGUCGCCAAGGAGCUCCGUCGAGCCGCCACGACACUCGCCGCAGCUGAACCAGCUGCCGUUUCCCGCUGCACCAGCCACCGGCGCUCCGCCAACGCCGCCGGAUCGUCCUGCCAAGCCCCCCGCGGUUACGAGCCCAACCCGAAACGAGAGGACGGCUGACGAGUCGGAUCGCCUGGUGGUCAGUGCCCCGACCCCCGCGCAGUACCGAAUCGCAGCGGGGAUGGACAAGAUCGUAGUUGCGGGGCCAGACGCAAGUCCUAGGCGCUUCCAAGAUCCGCUGAUGCAGCCAGCGCCGCCGCGGCCUGAGCCGCCGCCGUUGCCGCCCAAGACGCCGCUCCCAGAGCACCAGGCAGCUUACGGUCGACGGUCUGGGCCCGUAGCGCCGUACCCUCUUGAUGACGAAGCUCCCCCGGUGGUCAACAUGGCGAGGAAGCCGAAUUACAGCGGCUGGUAGUCCGACUGGGCGUUGGAACUGCGGGUUGAAAUGAGCGUGUGUGUUGCGGUGG